ACAAAAGCAAGCAAAAAGUGCACGACCUUCACGCGACAUUCACGGCGCCCAAACGGUGUCCAACCGCGGCCAUUGCAACGGCAGAAUCCAUUCGGAACAGAGGUGAGGUUGCUGCUAUUGUGUGUUCCACUGCUAAAUCGAAGCCAAAGAAAGAGAUUCGGAAGGUCCAGGGAUGGCCAUCACGCUUGCAACCGUCGCCACGACGCCCUACGAGGGCCAAAAGCCCGGCACCAGUGGGCUUCGGAAGAAGGUCAAAGUUUUCACCCAGAAGAACUACACGGAGAACUUUGUCCAGUGCAUUCUGGACGCGAAUGGUGCGGCGCUGACCGGUUCCACGCUGGUGGUCGGUGGUGACGGUCGGUUCUUCUGCCGGGAGGCUUGCGAGCUGAUUGUACGUAUUUGUGCCGCCAACGGGGUGUCGCGGAUUUUGGCUGGUCAGAACGGUAUUCUGUCGACGCCGGCUGUUUCAAGCCUGAUUCGGCGCCACAAGGCCCUCGGAGGAAUUGUGCUGACGGCGUCGCACAAUCCGGGCGGUCCGGAGAAUGAUUUUGGAAUUAAGUUCAACUGCGAGAACGGUGGACCAGCGCCGGAUGCUUUCACGAACAAGAUCUACGCCCUUUCGGGGGAGAUUAAGGAGUACAAGAUUGCGGAAGGAUUGGCCAUUGACGUGUCGAAGGUUGGCGUGAACAACUAUGAGGUCGCUGGGAAGCCGUUUGUGGUUGAGGUGAUCGAUUCCGUGGCGGAUUAUGUGCUCCUGAUGAAGGAGAUCUUCGACUUUGAUAAGCUGAAAGAUUUCGUCAGUGGAAAGUCACGCGGAGGACAACCGCUGAAGAUGAGAAUCGACGCCAUGAAUGGCGUAACGGGUAGUUACGUCCAGGAGAUUUUCGUCAACUGCCUGGGAGCUUCCAAGGACGGUGUUGUUCACACGACCCCACUGCCAGACUUUGGAGGACUUCAUCCGGAUCCGAACCUAACCUACGCCAAAGAUCUCGUUGAUGCUGUUCGCUCCGGAGACUACGAUAUCGGAGCGGCUUUCGACGGAGACGGCGAUCGUAACAUGAUCAUCGGACGCAACGCGUUCUUCGUGACUCCAAGCGAUUCCCUCGCUGUCAUCGCACACUAUCUGGAAUGUAUUCCGUAUUUUAAGAAGAACGGUGUAACCGGAUUGGCACGCUCGAUGCCCACCGCCUCCGCAGUAGAUCUGGUCGCCAAAGCCCUGAACAAAGAACUGUUUGAAGUCCCAACCGGAUGGAAGUACUUUGGCAAUCUGAUGGACGCCGGCCGCUUGUGCCUGUGCGGCGAGGAAAGCUUCGGAACCGGCUCGGACCACAUUCGUGAAAAGGACGGCAUCUGGGCCGUGCUCGCCUGGUUCUCCGUAAUGCAACACACCGGUAAGAGCGUCGAGGAUAUCUGCGUUGAGCACUGGAAGCGCUACGGCCGCAACUACUUCACCCGUUACGAUUACGAAGAGUGUGACCUGGCCCCGUGCAACGAAAUGAUGGACACUCUGGAGAAAACAAUCACCGAUCCCGCCUUCGUCGGCAAGGACUUCUCGGCCGGCGGUAAAACCUACAAGGUCAAACUGGGCGACAACUUCAGCUACAACGAUCCGAUCGAUAAGAGCGUUUCCACCAAGCAGGGACUCCGCAUCGUGUUCACCGACGGAAGCCGUGUCGUAAUGCGUCUCAGCGGAACCGGAAGUUCCGGAGCGACCGUGCGCCUGUACAUCGAUUCGUACGAGCGGGAAAACGUCCUCGGCCAGGCAGCCGACAUGCUCAAACCGUUGAUCGACAUCGCGCUGCAAAUCAGCAAACUGCCACAGUACACCGGUCGGAACGCACCAACCGUGAUUACGUAAGCACCAAACCGGCAAGUCAGAGUAGAAAAAAAGCAGAUUCAGCGUGAGCGCACACAAAAAAGUGUCAUUAAUUGUUAUUCUUUCAAUCUGAUACAGAAAGAGAGACAGAGAUUAGAAAAUUGCUCGUUAUCAUCAACCUUUGUCGUUGCAUUUUAUGUUUUGUUUUUGUUUAGGCAAGAUUGUGUUUUUGGUUCCUGGUUAAUCACGCGAUAAGUUUGAUUUGAUUUGUUUCGCGUACGCUAGAGCCCGCAAAUAAAGUGCAAUCCUGAAGCAAGAGGUCUUCGAAAAUGGAA